AGCCAAUGAGAUCCCUCGGUCGAGGCUCGCGGUGGGGCGUGGCCAAUCGAGAUCCAAGAUGGCGCCGGCGGUAGCUCUGAGGAGGAUGGCAGCCGUUGUUUGGUUCACUCUUUUCCUAGCAGUCAUCUCUGCUGUGGACAGAAGCAAUUUCAAGACCUGUGAUCAGAGUGGCUUUUGCAAGCGCCAGAGGAACAUGAAGGCCAGGAGUUCCCCUUACAGGGCUUUGCUGGAAUCACUGCAGCUCAGCCAAGAUUCUAUGAAAAUCCAACUGAUCAAUGAAGUUAACAAGGUUCCUCUCCUCCUUGAGCUCUAUGGCUUGAAAGGGAAUAUCACCCGGAUCCGGAUCAAUGAGCUGAAUCCACUCAAACCUCGCUAUGAGGUACCCGAUGUGUUAAUCCAGGACCCACCUACCUCAAGAUUAUCUGUGACAGGUCGUGACGAUGAGAGUGUGGAGUUGUCCCUGGGAGAUGAGAGCCACAAGCUCAUCCUGACGGCUAAACCGUUCCGCAUGGAUUUGCUGGAGGGCCGGGAGCUGGUGCUGAGUGUCAACUCCCGGGGGCUUCUGGUCUUUGAGCAUCUGCGCCAGAGGAAGGACUCUUUCUCGGAAAAAGUUAGUAGCACGGUCGUUAGCAUUUGGGAUAGCGUCAAGAAUCUUUUCUCUAGAGAGUCACCAAAGGAGCCAGCAGCACAAGAGGAGGGGGAUGUCGAGAGCCUGGAUGCAUCUUUGUCCACAGAGCAGGAGUCUGCAGAGAACAGUAAUCAGAAUGAGGAAACAUCAAGAGGAGCAGAGGAGGCUGAAGAGGAGCCAGGGCUUUGGGAAGAAACAUUCAAGACUCACACAGACAGCAAACCUAAUGGACCAACAUCCGUGGGGCUAGAUUUCUCACUCCCAGGUAUGGAGAACGUGUAUGGGAUCCCAGAACACGCAGACAACCUCCGACUGCGAACAACUGAGGGAGGGGACCCAUACCGCCUCUAUAACUUGGAUGUGUUUCAGUAUGAGCUCUACAACCCAAUGGCCCUCUAUGGCUCUGUCCCUGUCCUUCUGGCUCACAAUGCUCGACGUACGCUGGGGAUUUUUUGGCUCAAUGCGGCUGAGACCUGGGUGGACAUCACCUCCAACACAGCCGGCAAGACCCUCUUUGGAAAGAUGCUCGACUAUAUGCAAGGUGGCGGGGAGACCCCGCAGACUGAUAUCCGCUGGAUGUCAGAGAGUGGCAUCAUAGAUGCAUUCCUCUUGCUCGGACCACAGCCCCACGAUGUCUUCAGACAAUACGCAUCUCUCACAGGUACUCAGGCCUUGCCUCCUCUCUUUGCUUUGGCUUAUCACCAGAGCCGUUGGAACUACAAUGAUGAGGAGGAUGUGAAUACUGUAGACAAUGGCUUCGAUGAGCAUGACAUCCCAUACGAUGUCAUCUGGCUAGACAUUGAACAUGCUGAUGGGAAACGCUACUUUACCUGGGACCCAAACAAGUUCCCCCAUCCUCAGGAAAUGCUUCAGCGCUUGGCAACCAAAGGGAGAAAGAUGGUAAGCAUUGUGGACCCACACAUCAAGGUAGACACUGGCUACCGAAUCCACAACGAGAUCCGCUCCCAGGGCUUUUAUGUCAAGACAAAGGAUGGCAGUGACUACGAAGGCUGGUGCUGGCCAGGUUCUGCAGGCUAUCCAGACUUUACCAAUCCAGAGAUGCGUACUUGGUGGUCCAGCAUGUUUGGCUAUGACCAGUAUGAGGGCUCCAUGGAGAACCUCUUCACCUGGAAUGAUAUGAACGAGCCCUCUGUCUUUAAUGGCCCUGAGGUGACGAUGCACAAGGACGCUGUGCACUGGGGCGGGUGGGAGCACCGGGAUAUCCACAACCUCUAUGCCUUCUAUGUGCAAAUGGCAACAGCACAGGGGCAGGUGCAACGAUCUGGCAGCAUGGAGCGCCCGUUUGUGUUGACACGCGGUUUCUUUGCAGGCUCUCAACGCUAUGGGGCUGUGUGGACAGGGGACAAUGCAGCAGAAUGGGACCAUUUGAAGAUCUCAAUUCCCAUGUGUCUGAGCUUGAGCCUUGUGGGUAUUUCUUUUUGUGGAGCUGACAUAGGUGGCUUCUUCAAAAACCCUGAGCCCGAGUUGCUGGUGCGCUGGUACCAAGCCGGGGCGUAUCAGCCGUUCUUCCGGGCCCAUGCCCAUGUGGACACCAUCCGCCGGGAGCCAUGGCUCUUUGGGGAGGAGAAUAAGGCGCUGAUUCGGGAAGCCAUCCGCCAGCGCUAUGCUUUGCUGCCCUUUUGGUAUACCAUCAUGUACCACAGCUACCAGUCUGGCCAGCCUGCCAUGCGACCUCUCUGGGUAGAAUAUCCCGAGGAUGCUAUAACAUACAGCAUGGAUGACCAGUAUCUCCUUGGUGACGCCUUGUUGGUUCACCCAGUCACAGCCCAGGGCUCCCGAGGAGUGCAAGUCUACCUGCCUGGCAAAGGAGAGGUUUGGUAUGACGUCCACACGCACCAGAAACUCCAUGCGCCCCAAACCCAUUAUUUAGCUGUUACCAUGAACAGCAUCCCUGUGUAUCAGCGUGGUGGGAGCAUCGUGGCUAGGAAGGAGCGAGUGCGGCGGUCCUCUGAUUGCAUGCAUAGUGAUCCCUAUACCCUCUAUGUGGCCCUGGGCCCACAGGGCACAGCACAAGGCAACCUCUUCCUUGAUGAUGGGCACACAUUUAACUUCAAGACAAAGGGAGAAUACUUGCAUCGACACUUCAAUUUCUCUGGAAACACCUUGACAGCCAGCUCUGCUGAUCCAAAGGGUCACUUUGAAACACCGGCUUGGAUUGAACGGGUGGUAAUCCUGGGAGCCGGGAAACCAGCAGCAGUGUUCCUCAAAGAAGACGGUGCAGCAGAGACCCGCCUAGACUUUAUCCAUGAGGCGGAAACAUCUGUUUUAACCAUCCGCAAACCUGCAGUCAACAUCGGGGCAGACUGGAGCAUCUCUCUGCGAUAAUAAUGCCAUGGGGCAGGGGUGGGGGGUUAUGAGUGGCCAGAUGGAUGAAGAAAGAGACACGCAGCGUGCGGGAGCUUUGAAGCAGUCACCUGUCACUGGAAUAUAGCUAGGGAAGGCUGGUGGCUCCCCAUCUGUCAUGUCUCCAGCCCCACGUCUCCUGCCACGCAGAGAAGGAACAGCCAUUGCUCCCUUCUCUGAUCCCGGUUUGACCUCUUGAUCUUUUCAGGUGGUUCCAUAGAUUUAACUUUUAGCAAUAUUUGCUGUAGAAGUGAAAAUGCUCCGGGUUGGGGAGUUUGUUGUGAUUCGGUUUCCUUCUCUAUACUCCUCCCAGAGAUGCAAAAUCAGGGUCAGCUUUUUGAGAAACGUCACAUGUCCGCAGUAAUUGGGAAUAGUUAAUCUGCUCGCCUCCUCUGCCUUAUCAGUGGUCUUGUUAAUUUUAUUUUAAAUUCUACCUUUACAGAACUAUUUCCUGACAGGAGUUUCUUAGCUCAAUCUGCAUAGCAAGCGCAUGGGCAAACUUUGGCCCUCCAGAUGUUUUGAAAUUGUUUUGAACAGUGGGCUGUUAGGAAUUGUGGGAGCUGAAGUCCAAAACACCUGGACGGCUGAACUGUGCCCACGCCUGCUAUAGCAGCUCUCUUCAACCUCCAGGUAUUUUGGACUUCAACUCCCAGAAUCCCUGGCCAUUGGACAAGCUGGCUGGGACUUCUGGGAGUUGGAGUCCCAAAAACCUGGAGGGCCAUGAGCAUGAUACCUCUGCUCUACAGCAAUGGUAGACAAUUUAUCCAGACAUGCCUCCUUUACUUGACAAAAGGUGAAUGUAUUCCAUUUUUUGUUGUUGUUGCUUGCCCUUCUCCAUUCCAUAGUUUGAUCAUGUCCCUCAUAUCAUCUCUUUGCUCACUGCCUCCAAGAUUUACUUUAUAGCCAACAUUCUUUUUCUCACCACUUCAUCCCAUAUUCUGUUCAUUUUGAAAAAUGGUUUGGUUUCAUGGUGUCAGUGAAUCACUGUCACUUCUAUAUAUAAUUGAUGCAGGACAACAGAAAUCAUGUGAGGAUUUAAAGGUUUGUGCUUGGUUUUCUAAUCGGGAUGAACUGAAGUUGUUGUUAUUUCUAUAAAGAGCCAAAAACAAAACACGGUGAAGGAGGAAGCAAGCUGCUAUGUAAAUUGCCCCUCUCCUUAGAAAAAAAGGAGGAGGAAGCCCAUCCUGGAAGGAUAACUAGCUUGAUUGUUUUUAAAAACUUCCCUGUUGCAGUACUUCCUCUGCCCUCCUCCCUCCUGCUUCUAUUUCUCAUUGCUGUGUGGCUCUUUUGGCCAUCUUUUAUGUGUCCACCGAUUAACAUUCCUGUUUCUGGCUGGUUUUCCCUUAUGUUUUUGGCAGCAUUUUUAAAAGUCAACCUUCCUCCUUCACACACUUCAUUGUUUGUUACUUCAUUUGCAGGUAAAGCUUUUACUGAUUUAAUGUUUUGAUAAAUAAAUGAUGGACAAGAAUAAAAAAGAAAGAAAACCCUACAAAA